AAGGAAUGCCAAUUUAUGUGCCCACAAUUAAAUUUUUGCGUUCAAUACGGUUGCUUUUUAAAUGUGGUUAUUUAGAUUUCUGGUAGCACAACUAUUUCUGGCUUUUAUAGCCAUGGCUUUGCCCUCCGAAGUCGACCGAAGUAGUUCAGUGACAACGGUGUCACUUGUAAAAAAGUUUGGCUACGCCAUUGAGGAACAUGAAGUGCAAACGUCUGAUGGAUAUCUUCUUACCAUGCAUCGCAUUCCCUAUUCCAAGCACACUGGGUAUGAUGGGAAGCGACCUGUAGUAUUCCUUAUGCACGGGCUGCUCUGCUCCUCAUCAGAUUGGGUUUUAAGUGGUCCAGAUAAUGGAUUGGCCUUUAUUUUUUCCGACGCUGGCUACGAUGUCUGGAUGGGAAAUGCUCGCGGCAAUACUUACUCCAGGAAACAUGCCUCCAAGUCACCGACGUUUCAGCCAUUCUGGAAUUUCGAAUGGCAUGACAUUGGCAUCUAUGAUUUACCCGCAAUGAUGGAUUACAUUUUGUACCUUACGGGCGAGCCAAAUUUGCAAUAUGUCGGUCACUCUCAGGGCACGACAUCAUUCUUUGUGCUCAAUUCAAUGAUCAAGAGGUUCAAAUCGCGAAUUCGCUCGGCCCAUUUGCUGGCCCCGGUUGCCUGGAUGGGACACAUGGAGAGUCCGCUGGCCAAGGUUGCAGGUCCACUUUUUGGACAGCCAAAUGCAUUAAUUGAGUUAUUCGGCAGCGCAGAAUUCCUGCCAAGUUCAAAAGCCAUGGAGUUAAUGGGCUCCGUUUUCUGCAGAGAUCAAGCUUUCUCACAAGUGAUGUGCACAAAUAUACUUUUCCUCAUGGGAGGUUGGGACUCCCCAUAUUUAAACACAACAUUGAUUCCCGAAGUUAUGGCCACAACUCCAGCCGGCUGUUCUGUUAAUCAAAUGUUCCACUAUCUGCAAGAAUAUAAUUCCGGUGAUUUCCGACAGUUCGAUUAUGGUGCGACGAGGAACAAAAAGGAGUAUGGAAAUAAGAAUCCCCCAAAUUAUGACGUGGAGGGAAUGGACGUUCCGGUAUAUUUAUACUACAGCGAUAAUGACUACUUUGCCAGUCUGAUUGAUGUCGAUUUGCUUCGGCGCACCAUGAAUCCAGCUUCCCUGAAACGGGCAUAUCGAAUGCCUGAAAAGAAGUGGAACCAUUUGGACUUCCUGUGGGGCUUGAAUAUCAAGGAAAUUCUAUAUGACACAGUUCUCGAAGACAUCAUAAAUGCUUAAUUCACAAUAAUAAAAAGAACACACGCUCUUAUGAUAAGUUUGGCCCCUAA